AUGUAUGAACAGUUAACCAAAUUUGAACAAGUUCUCGCUAGCAUCUCGGUGCAUCUAUAUAUAACAGGGAAACUUGAGAUAUUUUGGACAAUCGCUACUUUGGGUUGUGGUACUACAGUCGUUCUGAACAUGAAGGCCUAUUUGUUUCUGACGUUGGUGAUUUUCGCCUGUGGAUGGGUUAAUGUUGCACAAGGUGCAAAAUUGCCGCGCUGUAAAUUAUCAAAGCCAAAGCCCCCUGUCAGCGUGGAAGAAGUACCGGCCCCGCUGCCCCCUAGUGGCGGAGGAUCAUCGGAUGAGUCCUCAAGUGCCGAAAGUGAGAGUAGCCAGAUAGUGAGAGAAGUACCAUCGGAAGAGUCCCCAAAUAUCGAAAAUGAUUCCCAUAUUAACGAAGGAUCAUCGGAUGAGUCCUCAACUACCGAUAGUGGGAGUAGCCCGAUAGUGAGAGAAUUACCAUCGGAAGAGUCCUUAGAUACCGAGAGUGCGGCCCCUAUUGGCGAAGAUAUCGCCGUGAACUUUCCAGACGUCAGUUCCGUCUAA